AUGUAAAUUCUCACAAAAUACAAGGUGGCAUUGAUUUAAAAUGCAGUGUUUGAAACUAAGCAAAAAAUUCUUGAGGGAGUUGCUGCAUCAAUUCGUGAUUGUGUAUAGAAAGAGUGCAAAGUGAUAUUCUUGGGAGAGUUUUUUAAUACUAUUUUUGAGACCAAUCAAUUAAAGAAAAAUGCAGAAGAUUUUUCAGAUAAAAAUAAUAGAGAAACAUAUGAGCUCAUGAAAUAGUUAUCUGAAGAGUUUUAGAUCAUGAUAAUUGGUGGAUUGCCAGAAGUGGCAGAUGGCAAAUUAUUUAAUGCUGCUUUGGCAUUUAAUGAUGGAAAACUUGUGGGUUAAUAUAGAAAAUGUCAUUUAUUUGAUGUGGAUAUUCCAGGAGGAAUUACUCAUUUUGAAUCCAAUACUUUUGGAUCAGGUAAUGAUUAUUGUAUUUUUGAUUCAUAAUAUGGAAGAUACGGACUUGGUAUUUGUUAUGAUAUCAGGUUUCCUAUAUUUUCUUAAGUGAUGAGAGAUCAAGGAUGUCAAGUGUUGUCAUUCCCAUCAGCAUUUAAUCAAACUACAGGGCCUUUGCAUUGGGAAUUAUUGAAUAGAUCCAGGGCUUUGGAUAAUCAGGUUUACGUUGCUAGUGCUUAGGCAGCAAGGUAUUAUUCCGAUGAUCCUGACUACUAUCAGACAUGGGGUCAUUCCAUUAUCACAGAUCCUAUGGGAAGAGUACUAGCGACAUGUGGGUCAGAUCCUGCUGUGUUAAUUCAGGAAAUAAACCUAUCCCUUGUAGAUCAGGUUAGAAAAAAUAUACCAACGUCUGUUCAAAAGAGAACAGAUUUAUAUCAAGUAUCCAAAGGAGUAAAAUGAAUCUAAAUAAUAUAAA